UUGCAGUUUGCGACCAGAAAGGGUCAGUUCGCUAUAAAAGAGGCGGUCCAGGGUUGCAGAGGGCACUUCAGUCCGACCACUGCAGCCAGACACAGCCGCUGCGACCAGCAAGAUGGCACUCCAGUUUGUGCUCCUGUCCGCCCUCGUGGCCGCCGCCAGCGCCGGCUACCUGGGAGCCCCCGCCGUGGUGGCCCCCGGCGCCCCCGUGGCCGCUAGAGCAUACGGCGCCCCCGCCUUGUCUUACGCCGCCGCUGCACCUGCCUUGUCUUACGCCGCCCCCGCUCUGUCCUACGCCGCACCCGCCGCCUACGCCGCACCUGCCCUUUCCUACGCCGCCGCCCCCGCCGUGGCUAAGGUCGCCGCCGCCAUCGACACCGACUACGACCCUCAUCCCCAGUACAGCUACUCCUACGACAUCCAGGACGCUCUGACCGGCGACUCCAAGAACCAGCAGGAGACCCGCGACGGAGACGUCGUCCAGGGAAGCUACAGCCUCAACGAGCCUGACGGCACCCGCCGCACCGUCGAGUACACCGCCGACCCCGUCAACGGCUUCAACGCCGUCGUGCACAAGACGCCCCUGGCCGUUGGCCCCGCCGUCGCCAAGGUCGCUGCCCCCGUAGCAAUCGCUGCUCCCGCAAUCGCAGCUGCACCGGCUUUGUCCUACGCCGCCCCCGCGGCAUAUGCCGCCCGAGCAUACGCCGCCCCCGCCAUCGCUGCCGCUCCUGCCUUGUCUUACGCCGCCCCCGCUGCAUACGCCGCCCCCGCCCUGUCUUACGCCGCCCCCGCUGCAUACGCCGCCCCCGCCCUGUCUUACGCCGCUCCCGCUGCAUAUGCCGCCCGAGCGUACGCCGCCCCCGCCCUAGCGUACGGAGGCGGUCUUGGAUAUGGAUCACAUUCCAAGAUCAUUGGCUGAGUGAACCUACAGCCUACAGUUCACACCGCAUCCUCACGUCACUUCCAUCACUUCAGACUGACCUCAUCGUGCUCAUUAUGUAUGCAUACUCUGGCCAUAUAACCAAUAAACGCUUAAAAACCUAA